AUGCUCAGUCACUUUGACAAACUCAAGACACCACCAAAAUCAGUGAGCAAAUAUCCAACCCUUGCCAAGCAAGUCAGCAGAUUCACGGGCCUGGGCUACUCAAAUGUCAAUAUUUGGGACCUAUGGGAAGCUUGGUCAAGCGCAAAAUUCGUAAGCAGCUCUGAAAGAGCGGCCCUGGACAUCAUAGAGCCCUUUGACGAAUGGGAGGAGUUCGUAUUAUUCGGACGACACUACUUUGUCCUUCAUGCCUCUGCCACGUAUCAACAGGAGAAGAUCCCAGUUUCACCAAAAUACAACCACAGAGAGCCGUCUGAAAAAGAAAGCAUAUUUCACGUUUCGAUGGUCAAGCAUGAUGUACAAACAUCUAAGAGGCGAUUUGGAGACGUACUCGCGAUCACGGACCCUACUGGAGCCGCAUAUGCUGUUCAUAUAAUGGGAUUGGGAACAGCUGGCAGAGAAGAAUCAUACGAUAUUUACAGUCUAGAUGGAAAAAUGGAUAUGCCCAGUGUUCCCAUUACUGGACCGCCCCCGCGCAUGUGCCACUCGAUAACUGACUUGGGAGACUAUGGCAUGCUGUUGGUCGGUGGUCGCACUUCCCCAGCCAAUACUUUAUCGGACUGCUGGGUUCUUAAUAAAGGGUCGUUGUGCAAAUGGGUACCUACCUCAAGUCUUCCAAUUCCAUUAUUCAGACACGCGGCAGUCCGCCUUCGCGGCAGCUCUCUUGCUCUUAUCGUUGGUGGCAAAACGGGUCCAGCCACAAUGUCGGAAGACUGCUACGUUUUCCAUGCGACAAAAGGCUGGUCGAAAUGUGAAAUCUUGGGAGAGGCACCCGGACCUUUGUUUGGUGCGGUGCUGUGCAAUUCACAUGCUCGCCUCACAUCCGAUGGCAUAUUUACCGGCCUGCUCGCUGGUGGGAUCGGGCAAGAUGGUUUGAUAAGCUCAAAGAAGUAUAGAUGGGAGCUCGAUAAUAAUGACUCACAGCCAACCAUUCGAUUUAUCAAGUAUGAGGAGGAGUUGGAUCAACUGGAGGAUCUUGCGGUGUUUGGAGCGAAAACAGUUGAUCUAGAGUUACAAACAUUGGUAUGUGGAGGAGUUGGAGCGAGUUCCGAGUCACAGGGUCAAAGCAUCCUUAUAGUACACAUGCCCAAUAAUGAUGCGUAUGCUGUGUCCAAGAUGGGCACUUGCCCUCAGGGCGAGGCUCUGCCAUUUAUGGUCGGAUCAGCCAUAAUGGAGGCCGAAGGCAGCAUUGUGAUACUUGGCGGUGGAGCGACGUGCUUCUCAAUGGGUACUUUUUGGGAAACUGGAGUCUUCCAGCUCUCCUUCAAGGGCAAAGAAGAUGGCUUGGGGAGUUGCGGAUUCACGAGACAGGGACCUCCGAAAGUACGCUUUUUGGCGUCGCAAAGGAUCAUCAGUAGCACGAGGCGAACGGUGCCGCAGGAGGCGAAUCUGGAAAAGGCGACUGUUGCAACAAUCCCUCGCAUUCGCCUGGAAAAUCCAGCCCAGUUCGAAGACAUUUUGCGGACCGGGCUGCCAGUUAUUAUCUCGAAUGCCAACUUCGGUGACUGUGUCCAGAAGUGGACACCUUCGUAUAUGAUAGACCAAAUUGGGUACAAUACCAAGGUUGUCGCACAUGAAUGCAAACAUGAUCAUGAUAGAAUGGACUUCAACUCAAAGAAUUUCCGCUACAUUACUGAGCCUUUUGGCACAGUUAUGGAGCGUGCCGAGGCCGGCGAAAGGAUUUACUUACGCGCACUAUCUCGAGACAAGCCGUCAGAACGACCAGCUAAUAUCCAAGAUGACUUUCCGGAAUUAGCUGAAGAUUUUUGUCUCCCAAGGGAGCUGGACUCGGCCAACCAGUGCCUAUUCAGCUCUGUUCUUAGAGUAUCGGGGCGUAUAAAUAUGUGGCUGCACUAUGAUGUCAUGGCCAAUGUCUAUGCCCAAGUGGCAGGAUCAAAGCGUAUGGUACUGUUCCCUCCUCGCGAUGUAGAACACUUGCUGUUUGCUCCCGGGGCAUCUAGUUCAAGCCUCGACGUCUUUUCAGAGUUAGAAACGUCGCGGAUGGCGGCGACACACCCGUACGAAGCAGUGCUUGGUCCGGGAGACAUGAUAUUUCUUCCCCCAUGCUGGCCACACGCAGCUGCAACGCUCACGGACUGGGGCAUAGCUGUAAAUGUCUUCUUUCGAGACUUGGAAAGCGGAUACGCUAUUGGCAGGGAUGUGUAUGGUAACCGAGACCUCGCUGCGUAUGAGAAGGGGCGGCUAGAAGUUGCCCGUAUGGGGAAAAGCUUUCAACAUCUGCCACUGGAGACGCGUCGAUUUUACCUGAAACGAUUGGCAGAGGAACUAGAAUUGACUGCUGAAGGGGUAUAG